AUGGACAAAGAAGAAGAAUUAAAAGAAAUUUACAAAAUGAUCAAAACUGAAUUGAUUGAAUCAAAGAAAUAUCCACCAAAAAAGAUUAUUGAAGGCAUUUUAAACAUAAUCCCAUAUAACAAUCGUUAUACAAAGUCAUAUUUAUCUCUUGCUAAACUCAUCUAUGAUGGUUAUCAUGUUAAAGAGGUCAGAAAAGUUCGUCUUACUUCAAACUUCUUGUUUUAUAAAGAAUAUGGAAUUAAAUUAGGCAAGUUUGAUGAUUUAGGAAACAACCGAAUUUCUUAUUUCACAUGGAAUAAAUAUCAAUGA